UCUCUCUGACUGUUCUGGGCGGGCUACGUCGAGCGGCUUCAGGGGCGGUGACUUUGCAACUGUCGCUCACACAGAGAGAAGAUCUGAUCCGAAGUGGAUGAAGAGGACUAAACUCGGUCCUCGGAGGAAGUUUGAGGUGCAGAGAUUUGUGCGCUGCUUUCUUUCUGGCAGGAAGCCGUAAUGCUUCAUCCCGCGGAGUUCUGAGUCGAUACAGUUGACUGAAGUACUCAGCCAUGCCCGGAUUUAAGGAAAUCGGACUGGCAGGACUCGGCAUUGCCGUUACGGGAGGCGUCGUCUACGCCGUGUGGAACUACUGGAGUUCGCUGCAGAGGGAGAGUCCUCAGCGAGAUGAGGACCGGACGAAACCGGACGAAAGGCCACGGGUGGCGUCAGAGGUGAAAUCUCCAAAAAAACAUGUCCUUGUGCUGGGCUUAGAUGGAGCUGGAAAGACCAGCCUUCUUCAUUGUCUUGCAACGGGGACGCUGAGGAGAAGUAUUUUACCGACUGAAGGUUUCAACGCAGUGUGUCUCAAUACUGACAAGGAGCAAAUGGAAUUCCUGGAAAUUGGAGGUAAAGAAUCCUUGCGGCCUUACUGGCACAAAUACCUCAGUAAUGCCCAUGUGCUGGUGUAUGUGGUGGAUUCUGCAGACAGUGCACGAUUCCCAGAAGCUAAGAAGCACUUGCAUCAGCUGAUCAGCAAAGAUUGCCAUCUUCCUUUAGUGGUGCUGGUGAAUAAACAGGAUCUCCCCGGGGCUUGUGGGAUUGCAGAACUUCAUGGUGCUCUAUCACUUUCUGAAACUGGCGAUGAGAGGAAGCUCUUCAUUAUUGGAACACGCAUCUCCAGUAGCGAUUCGGAGGUACCGUCAAGUGUCCGGGAUGCCAGGGAGUUGAUAACACAGCUGGUCGCAGAGAGCAGAUGAAAAUGGUGGCUAAGAACAUAAAAGCGUGCAUGGAUGGAAGGAGCUCACCUCACUUUGAUGAUGAUGGAACUAUGUGGUUACCCCCUUGGCUGUUGGUAACCACCUUUUCUUAAUUUUUCUUGACUGCUCUGAUGCUACUUACAGCAAUGUUUGUUUUUUUCUUUUUAUUCUAUUCUUUUGUCAAGUAGACAUUUAAACUGUUCGCUGUACUCCUCA